CACGCCGCGCCUUUUUACGUCAUGUGGUGCGACGGUAUCAGUCCGCUUGAAUACAUCAAUGGCUUCCGUGACGACAACAAGUUACAAGCCACAACCUAGGCAUUAGGGUGGAGGAGCGCCGUGUACAGCCUAGUCUGCGCUACAGCGAGCUGUGCAAGCCUUCCCAACACCGGCUAUAGCCUGCUAGAGUCCAGAGAAGAACCCAGAUGCCCUGACCAGGUGGCCAGCUGGGUCCCCGCUUUUGUGAGGCGAGCUGGAGUCGAGCCGGGCUCUGACAGUCUCCCCAUUCUUCAUACUGUCAACAGUUGCCCCCCUCCCCACCUCUCUGGGUACGUCGGGGGGAAAGAGAAAAGAUCUCAACGUCCCGGUGCAGUGUGAAUAUUUUUGCGUGCCUUACGGUGGUUCGUAGGAAAUUUCUUCACCAUUCUGUGCGCAAGUGGAGCCAUGGGGGAUCUCCAAUCCCCCAAACGCCGGGCGAUCGUGGACCGACUGCGGGCCAGAAUCGAACUCUACCGCAAGCAUCAUAACGAAUGCCAGGCACGCGAUGUCCAGACCCAAGCCGCUCGCCUUCAACAGGAGCGCCAAGACACCUUGGUACUCCACCAGAGAGUCUGCGACAGUCGUACCAAGAAGUCUAAAGGCAGCAAGCAAGAGCCAGUCACCGCCAAGAUGUGUAAAAACGACGCCAACGCCAGCGGGUCUUCCUCGGCUGACCCCGAAGCGACUCAGCCGCAGAGAAGUUUACUGCUUACGUUGAAGAGAAAACUGGGGGGCUCGGGGAGCCAGGCCUCUGAUUCAGCAGCGGACGGUGUGGAAGAAAAUCACACCACGAAGAAGACCAAAACCAGCGAAGCAACCAACCAGUCACACAACCUGCACGGCUUCCCUGUCGGUAACCCGGUGGAAAAUGUCGGCACCAUCAAACAGAGCCACACGCCUGACGCGGUCAUGAAAUCCGAAGCUGGACUUGAGGAUACGCGGCCGCAAGACCACGUUGCCGAGGCUGCUGCCGCUAACUCGCACUCUCCUGCCACAAACCUACCCGUGGAGUGCAAGCAGGAGCCGCAGCUGGAGGACAACUCCUGUCAGAAUGACCAAGGUUUCCCUGAUGUCCUGAACACAUUGAAAGCAGCGCUGAGUUCCAGUGACAUCAACAUGAGCGACAAAGACUUCAUGAACAUUCUGGAUGAACUAGAAAACCCGGAGUGGCCGGAGGAAGAUUUGCGGUCACAGAUUAACGAAUUUGACAAGAUUCUGGACAGUAUAAGGGAAAAGGGUGAUGCGGGAUUGUUGGAUGGUGCUGUGAACGGGGAACAACAGGGCAGUCCAUUCCAUCCUGAUCAGAAACAACCAAUAGAUCACAUACUACCCACUAGUGAUGCCAGUUUCAGUAAGGCAGUGCAGGACUCGAUUCAGAACCAGUGUAGUCCCAUGAACUAUGGCCAAAACGACCCCAACAUGUCGGGCCGCAUGAACAGUGGCCAGGACAGUACAAGCGCAGGUAACCAGAGGGGGAUGGUUUCUCUGCCGCAGGAAAACGUGAGUUUGGCGGCAGAACAGCUGAAACAGAUGGCUGCGCAGAAGCAGAGUGGGACGGAGCACUGGAACACCUCCAUGCCGCCCCACCAGGUGGCGCCGUGUAGAGUACAGCAAGCCGUGCCCCAGUCUUUACCCCACAUGCAGGCCAACCCCCACCCAGGGAUCCCAUCUCAGGCUCAGCCCUCCCGCACCACCACAUGUUCUGGCUACAUGGACGGCGCGGGACCGAUGGGCUCUCCCCACGGAUUCCACCCCGAGCAGCAGCCCAUCAUGCAUCUGGAGCAAAAUAUGCCAGGUGGUCCACUGAACAGCCACCCAGCACACUCCAGUCAUAGCGAGGCCAACAGAGCCAUCACGUCCCUGACCAUGGCCAACACUAAGCCACUCUCACACUACUCUGGACCAGAGAUGAAACCCCAGCUCCCACCGAUAUCGCAGAUGCAUGCAUUCGGACAGCAGGAGUCGGUCAGACCACCACCACCGACGAUGAAACAAAACGUCACGCAGUACCACCCGCAGCAGCCAGGACCGGCAGGGAAUGGCCAAUGGCAGGCUGCGCAGCAGCAAGGCAUGACAGUGGAGCACAUGCGGCUCCUCCAGGCCAGGCAGCAGCAACAGCAGCAGCAGAAGCUGAACCUGCAGUACCGCGCCCUCCCCACACAUUCCCAGGCUGCUGUGGACAAGACCAGCAGCAUAGCUGCCAGAAACGCUGUGCAGGCGCAGCUUGUACAGCGGCAGCAACAACAACAGCAGCAGCAGCAACAACAACAGCACCCAGGUAUGCCAGAACAUCUUAUGGAACAGCACAUGCAGAGCCAGAUGCAGCAUUACCUGAACCGACCCCCACCGGACUAUGGAGAAGCCACAGCGCAGAUGAAGGCCCAGCAAGGCAACCCUAACUUCCAGGCCAUGAAAGCAGGGGUUCCAGCUAUGGGCAUGUCCAGUUUGAAAAGUCAGGCCAGUGUGGUUAACCCACAUGCAGUGGGUUUCCGACAGGCGGAGGUGAAGCAAGAAAUAGGUUGGAGCCAACCACAGGCUUCCGCCAACCAGGUUUUUAAACAGAACGUACAACACAUCAGCACAGCCAAAGCACACAUGGACAUGGGCCAGGCACAGAUGAUGCCGGGGGGACCAAGAGAUAGGACACAUUCCCAGUCUUCGAUGCAGGGGUUUGGGGGGGAGAUGCCAUUAGAUGGCAGACAGGGCUACAAUCCCGGACACCCGCCCACCACGCAGCCCCUGCCACCGCACAUGGCGGGACCCCACUCGGCCGCCGCGACCAUAUCCACUGCCCAGAGAGUCUACACCACCAGCGCAUGUCGAUCGACCACGGACCAAGAAAUGUGGGCACAAUACCAGCGGGAAGGCUACGGCAACGCAGCUCCUAACCAGCAACCACCUACGUCGGCCGCGUUCACCAGACAGGGCCAGUACAUGGGCGGCUCGUUCCCACCAAACUCGCAAGACGGACCAAUGGCAGCGCAGAACUAUUCCAAUAGGAUGAACCUGGCUGCACACAUGAACCAACAAAGGCAGCUGAUUGGUCAAAUGCCAAACAAGGGCCAAAUGACAAUACCCCCCGGGGUGCAGAUGAUGAACCAAUCGGGAACCAAUAUGGCGAGGAUGUCCCAACCAAUGGCAAUGGGCCAGAUGCCCCAGUUGGCAGCGUACCCAAAGCCAUCGGGCACAGAAUUCCACGGGAACAUGGUAGAGAACUUACCAGACAGACAGAUGACAAUGGGACCAAAUUCAAACAUGAACUAUAUGGAUCCACAUGAUUUGAACUUCAUUGACGAAGUGAUUUUUGCAAACAAAUAGUUUGUAGAUGUGUAACUCAGACCGCACCACAUACUACAGACACGAGUGUACAUAUUAACGGAUAGUAACGUCCAUGUUUUAUCUUGGUCGACUCUUGACCAAACUUCCAGGACUAUUGUAACUGACAUUGUAAGUGACAAGUCUGCUGAUUUUAUGUCAUUUUUACUGAAACCUCUGUACAGCUCUGAAGAUAUUGUAAGAAAUGAUCUGUAACAUCACUCUCUGCAGUUAUAAUAAUUGUAGAUUAUAAUAGUUUACCUUCUCCGGAAGUUCUGUAUAAAUGUACCCAAUCCCAGAAAUCGACUGCAGAUUUUUAAACUUUGUCUUGUUCGCUACGCUUCUCCAGAUUUUCUAUUUUAAGCACACUGCUUACAAAAAGCAGGUUAGAUGACGUUACAUACCAUUCGUUUGGCUGGUUUGUUGAAAUUCAACCUGGGUUUUACCCCAAGUCUGUCAUACCUCGUUUCCAUUGAAGGAGAAAAAUUAUGGCCAGUCUGUCAUCUUGGCAGUAAAAUUGAUAUGUCUUCUAUGAAAAUGUUGGUGCAUUGAUAUGCAGAGAUGACAGAAAAAAAUCUGGGAAGACCUUAAAUUCCACUCCAAUAUUUGUUGUGUGUACAGUAUGCAUUCAUAAUGUUUUGUAGAUUCAUUUCCCAGUUAACACUUUUCCAGCCAUUAUCAACUCAUGAUCAGACACAUUACAAAUCUACAUGCAUUCUAAGUACCAAAAUCAUACUUCUUUGCCUGAACUGUUGAAUUAUUGGUAGCCAAGUUUACACCCAUCAACAGUAAAUGUUUUAACUUAGUUAAGAAAGGUAAAAGAUUCCAAGAAGAUGCAUAUGAAAGGCCAGGAAGACUAGCUGUUUCCAUAUCAAGUGCCUUUUAAAUUGGAUGGAAGUAUGGAAAGGUAUUCAUUUGAUUGAGAGAAAACAGGUUUAUAAAACUACAAGACAAGAAUGAACUGUAAUUGCUUUUUCUUUGUCGAAAUCAUCCACUGUACAUUUUUGGAAUAUCAAUAGUAAUAAUGGCCACUUGUGUGAUAAGCCCUGUAUGUAACAAGUUUUAUAUGUAUGUGUACAUGGAGGAAGUGCUGAAUUUUCUAGUAGUUAUAGUAGGUAUGUGUAGGCUGGGAAAUGAAGCUACACUCAGUAUCAUACAGUGGAACAAUUUGUACAGAAUGGGUCCCUUUUUUGUUUGAUGUGCUGAGAACGAUGCAGUAAAAGAACCAUGUAAUUAUUGUAGAACAGGCAUAGCCAUUUAUUUUGGAGCUAGGUUUGAGGAUGAUUUUACAAGCAUUGUAAAUUAUUUGUUUUUGCCUUCACCAAGACUACAUGUAGAUUGUGGAAACGCAUGCCACCGGAAGAGGAGCUCACUGUAGAUAGAGCACUGGCAAGUGCCGCCAGAAUAAAGAAAGUCGUACUUGAAAA